GCCACCCUGCCCGGCGCCCAGUCGCCGGUCUGUGGCCUCUAGGGAUCGGGCGUCAGCCGGCAGUAUAGCCGGCAAGUGGACAGCCGCGCGGGCGGACAGGUGGGCCCGACUUGCUCGUUAUCGGGAGAAAGGAGAGGGCCACUUUCUAGGGCCCCAGCAUCUCCCCAGUUCCAGGAGCCUGCCCAGCCCCGCGAGGGAGACGCUGAAGGAGCAGCCGCCGGUCUACCGGGUACAGCCGCCGCCAUGGCUGCCAUGAUGGAUCGGAAGUGAGCCUCGGGGCCAGGGCUGCGGGCGCCGGCUUCUAGAGUCCCGGCUCCCCGGCCGCCCCUACCUGGGGAAGCGCGGCGCGGCGCGGCGCGGCGGACGGCUGACUCUCAAGUCCCUUGCGACCCCGGACCCUCAGGUCAGGCCGCUCCCUCCAAGACUGAGAGGCGGGGAGUGGCUCCCGGCCUCUGGCCCGGGCUGCAAGGAAGAUGGCGGACCCAGCCGAGUGCAACAUCAAAGUAAUGUGUCGCUUCAGACCUCUCAACGAGUCUGAGGUGAACCGCGGCGACAAGUAUAUCGCCAAGUUUCAGGGAGAAGACACGGUCAUGAUCGCGUCCAAACCUUAUGCAUUUGAUCGGGUGUUCCAGUCAAGUACAUCUCAAGAGCAAGUGUACAAUGAUUGUGCAAAGAAGAUUGUUAAAGAUGUACUUGAAGGAUAUAAUGGAACAAUAUUUGCAUAUGGACAAACAUCCUCUGGGAAGACACACACAAUGGAGGGUAAACUUCAUGAUCCAGAAGGUAUGGGUAUUAUUCCAAGAAUAGUACAAGAUAUUUUUAAUUAUAUUUACUCCAUGGAUGAGAAUUUGGAGUUUCAUAUUAAGGUUUCAUAUUUUGAAAUAUAUUUGGAUAAGAUAAGGGACCUACUAGAUGUUUCAAAGACCAACCUUUCAGUUCAUGAAGACAAAAACAGAGUUCCCUACGUAAAGGGGUGCACAGAGCGUUUUGUAUGUAGUCCAGAUGAAGUUAUGGAUACCAUAGAUGAAGGAAAAUCCAACAGACAUGUAGCAGUUACAAAUAUGAAUGAACAUAGUUCUAGGAGUCACAGUAUAUUUCUUAUUAAUGUAAAACAAGAAAACACUCAAACAGAGCAAAAGCUGAGUGGAAAACUUUAUCUUGUUGAUUUAGCCGGUAGUGAAAAGGUUAGUAAAACUGGAGCUGAAGGUGCUGUGCUGGAUGAAGCUAAGAACAUUAACAAAUCACUUUCUGCACUUGGAAAUGUCAUUUCUGCUUUGGCUGAGGGUAGUACAUAUGUUCCAUAUCGAGACAGUAAAAUGACAAGAAUUCUUCAAGAUUCAUUAGGUGGCAACUGUAGAACCACUAUUGUUAUUUGCUGCUCUCCAUCAUCAUAUAAUGAGUCUGAGACAAAAUCUACACUUCUAUUUGGUCAAAGGGCCAAAACAAUUAAGAAUACAGUUUGUGUCAAUGUAGAGUUAACUGCAGAACAAUGGAAAAAGAAGUAUGAAAAAGAAAAAGAAAAAAAUAAGACCCUGAGGAACACCAUUCAGUGGCUUGAAAAUGAACUCAACCGAUGGCGUAAUGGGGAAACAGUGCCUGUUGAUGAACAGUUUGACAAAGAGAAAGCUAACUUGGAAGCUUUUGCAGUGGAUAAGGAUAUAAAUAUUACCAAUGAUAAACCAGCAGCCACAAUUGGAGUUACUGGAACUUUUACUGAUGGUGAAAGAAGAAAGUGUGAAGAAGAAAUUGCUAAAUUGUAUAAACAACUUGAUGACAAGGAUGAAGAAAUUAACCAACAGAGCCAACUUGUAGAAAAACUGAAGACACAAAUGUUAGAUCAGGAAGAGCUUUUGGCAUCUACCAGAAGGGAUCAAGACAAUAUGCAAGCAGAGCUGAAUCGCCUUCAAGCAGAAAAUGAUGCCUCUAAGGAAGAAGUAAAAGAAGUUUUACAGGCCUUAGAGGAACUUGCUGUCAAUUAUGAUCAGAAGUCUCAGGAAGUUGAAGACAAAACUAAGGAAUAUGAACUACUAAGCGAUGAAUUGAAUCAGAAAUCGGCAACUUUAGCAAGUAUAGAUGCUGAGCUUCAGAAACUUAAGGAAAUGACCAACCACCAGAAGAAACGAGCAGCUGAGAUGAUGGCAUCUUUACUGAAAGACCUUGCAGAAAUAGGAAUUGCCGUGGGAAAUAAUGAUGUAAAGCAACCUGAGGGAACUGGCAUGAUAGAUGAAGAGUUCACUGUUGCAAGACUGUACAUUAGCAAAAUGAAGUCAGAAGUAAAAACAAUGGUGAAACGCUGCAAACAAUUAGAAAGCACACAAACUGAGAGCAACAAAAAAAUGGAAGAAAAUGAAAAGGAGUUAGCAGCAUGCCAGCUUCGUAUCUCUCAGCAUGAAGCCAAAAUUAAGUCAUUGACUGAAUACCUUCAAAAUGUGGAGCAAAAGAAAAGACAGCUGGAAGAAUCUGUUGAUUGUCUCAGUGAAGAAUUAGUCCAGCUCCGAGCACAAGAAAAAGUCCAUGAGAUGGAAAAAGAGCACUUAAAUAAGGUUCAGACUGCAAAUGAAGUUAAGCAAGCUGUUGAACAACAAAUCCAGAGUCACAGAGAAACUCAUCAAAAACAAAUCAGUAGUUUGAGAGAUGAAGUUGAGGCAAAGGAAAAACUUAUAACUGAUCUUCAAGACCAAAACCAGAAAAUGAUGUUAGAGCAAGAACGUCUAAGAGUAGAACAUGAGAAGCUGAAAGCUACAGAUCAGGAAAAGAGCAGAAAAUUACAUGAACUUACUGUUAUGCAAGAUAGGCGAGAACAAGCAAGACAAGACCUGAAGGGUUUGGAAGAGACUGUGGCAAAAGAACUUCAGACUUUACAUAAUCUGCGCAAGCUCUUUGUUCAGGACCUGGCUACCAGAGUUAAAAAGAGUGCCGAGAUCGAUUCUGAUGACACUGGAGGCAGUGCUGCUCAAAAGCAAAAAAUCUCCUUUCUUGAAAAUAAUCUUGAACAACUCACUAAAGUACACAAACAGUUGGUACGGGAUAAUGCAGAUCUUCGCUGUGAACUUCCUAAGUUAGAGAAGCGACUUAGAGCUACAGCCGAGAGAGUGAAAGCUUUGGAGUCAGCACUGAAAGAAGCCAAAGAAAAUGCAUCUCGUGAUCGUAAACGUUAUCAGCAAGAAGUAGAUCGCAUAAAGGAAGCAGUCAGGUCAAAGAAUAUGGCCAGAAGAGGGCAUUCUGCACAGAUUGCUAAACCUAUUCGUCCUGGGCAACAUCCAGCAGCUUCUCCAACUCAUCCAAGUGCAAUUCGUGGAGGAGGAGCAUUUGUUCAGAAUAGUCAGCCAGUGGCUGUACGAGGAGGAGGAGGCAAACAAGUAUAAACAUUUACACAUCUUCACAGGUGUUGAAAGUAAUUGAAGUAUGAAGAGGACAUAGUAUCAGUCAUUCAGUGACUGUCACUUCUACCCCCUUGGGAUUGUAGAACUAUAACUUUUUAAAAUGUACAAAUUAUACCUGGCCUGUACAGCUGUUCCUACCCGCUCUUCUUGGAAACUCUGCUGCUUCCCAACACAACUAGAGUGCAAUUUUGAUGUCUUAGGAAGAAAAAAUGACAGUUUACAACUGUGGCCCUAUUUAUUACACAGUUUGUCUUUUGUGUCUUAAAUUAGUCUUCACUGUGCCAAGCUAACUAUACCUAGUAGGACUAUGCUUUUUGUAUUUGCUUUUUUAAUGGAUGUUUAGUUUUGAGUUUCUGUUUAAGUUACCUGGUUGCUACUGCUUCCUCUUUUUCUUUUCCUAUUACAUGUCUUCCUUUUUCUUUCUUUCUUUCUUUUUUUUUUUUUAAGGGAAAAUUGAAUCUUUAGAUUAAAUGUCUUACAUUUUACCACUUCCAACACUACAUGUCCACAAAAUAUAUCAGGUCAGUACUGUAUUUUAAAAUCCCUUGAAGUGAAAUCAGGGUUAAAAUGAUUUGUAUUAUCUCUGGUGUUUGCUUCUGAAAAUUGCUGUUUAAGCACUGAAACCUUACAACUGCCCUAAGUAGGCAUUUGAGAUUGAGUGAGCACGGCUACUUGAUUGUUAUCUUCUGAAAUGCUUGUUGCCCACUUAUUGAAUAGAAAUAUUUUACAUAUCAAAAGUAAAUCUCAGUUUAAGAGGGAGUUAUCUCCCAUCCUCAUUUAUGCUUAACAUAGCUUAA